CCAAAAUCCAUGACCUAUUUCACGAUCCUGCCAAUCCAACAGAAGUGUUGCUUACCUACGGCGUUAGCACCGCCACGAUAUAAAUUCUCGACCAGUUCACGAUAAGCGCUUUUGAGGGGAUUAAAAACGGUGAGAUCGCACAGUUGGAGCUUAUGCGAAGUAUGGGACGGAAGUCAGCACAGAAUGAUGUUGUUCUCAAAACAAAACUGGAGGAUCUCCUCGGUCGUCGCUACCCGGCGGUGUUAAUUCCGCGCACUUUUAUCGGCUAAGUUUUGGCACCUCUGGGUGUCCGCAAUCGCGUUCUAUUUUGGGCGCAGGCUGCUGCCUAAUUUGAGGGGAGCGGAUUCAUUAAAUGUUCUACUAGAGCAACUCUUGACUUCAGGGAAAAACACUCCAGGGCAAAACCUUCACUUUAACGAGAGACAUUGGUCAACCAUUAUUACUAUGUGAAAUUUUUACAGGGUCGAGAAUGUUUUGCUUCACAUGUUGUGCAGCAUGUCAAAGAGAAAUUACAACCUCGAGAGUUUUUGCAGCAUCAAGCUUCGCCUGGCAUGAUGGCAAAUAUGUGCUGUACGUGUCUUCCAUGAACGACCGAGAGUGGAAAGAGCUAGCCGAGGUGAUACAACACGAUAGGACGGAACAUGAGGAUUGGAAGAUGGGAUAUUAUUGUUCCGCUACCAAGGAUUUGGAAGGAGUUCAGCAUCUUCUCUACGACGGUCCUUUUGGAACAAAUUCAAAAAAUUACUACGAAAGCUGUGAUCAAAGACAGAGGCGUACCGCGUCGCAGGAGCUCGAAGACACAUUAAGAGAUGCCAAGUAUGAUCUGGAGAGUCUGACCCGAGCUGAGCCCAUUUUGAAGGAAUCAGCCAGCUUGAGCUCCAUUCCCUGUGGAUUAAAUCAGUUUGUGGCGGAGACGUUAAGGCGUGGUCCCGUCGAAACCUUGGACUUCAUUCUUCGACACUCCGACGAUCAUGACAGCUUUUAUAGGUUGAAAGAUAUGUUCCUGGAAGACAUCAAGCGCCAAGUGGCAGGGCUGCAAAGAUGGAGUAAAGAUCGCCAAAGCUCGGAGGAACCUGACGCCUCUUUGUUUUUUGCUAAUAUCCCAAAUGUUGCCUUCGACCUAUUGAAGAAAUACUCUUAUCCGAAAAUAUAUGUCCUAGCGAGAGGGAAUGAACGAUAUCAGGGGUGUCGCUGGCUAAUGGAGGCACGAUCACCAUUUUUUGAGAAAAGAUCCGCGGCGGCAGAGUCCGGCAUGCUAGCAUCCGACCCGAACAAUGUGGACAUGACCGACAUUGACCCCGAGACAUUGAAGUGGUUGUUGCGGGACCUUGAAAUGCAUCCGAAAAUGAGAGACUGGUCCAACCUUCGCAUACGCGACGAUUUCCAGGCUAUCAUAGCAGCUGCGGAUGAGUACCGGAUGCUGGAUCUGAGUGUAGCUGCUGAAAAAAUUUGAGCAAUUGGCUUAUUGUUAUUGUAAUGCAGGGCCGGGGUUGAGCUGUGACUCAAUGGAGGAACAUGACGAAUUCUACAGGAUCCUGGGGACCGUCUGCAUAUGGAUGGCUGAGAAAUCAUGUCAGAUAAUUGCUUGUCUGCCGGGAAAUAGGACUGAAUAUACUCCAGGCCCUCUUGGAGGCCGAGGUGAUUCGCAGGCGGGGCAAUAGGUUGUUCUGAUAGCUCUCAAUCGUCUCCAGCAGAGGAACAGAGGAUUUCGGUGCAUACUGAGCGAGUUCUAGCGAAGCCUGAGUAGUAUCUGCCGGAAAGAACUGCGUGGCAAGAAAAUGAGCUAGGAGGUAGGCGAUUGGUGACAACGAAACCAAGCAUUACGGGUAUUA